AUGACGUAUAGUUAUACCUGUGUAGAGUAUUCAGACGAAUUUUUACAGUCCAUUUUGCAAAAUAAUCCUGUGGUUAGCAGAGUUGAAAUUUUGGCAUCAUCUGUGGUGGAAGUUAGCUCAAAUAGCCAAUUCUCAGCUACAUCAUUCACAUUGAUCUCCAAAUUACUCGAGGAAAGCUUUAUUAAAGAACCAAUAAGUCUCUUUCUAAGAGCUGUUCCACAGAGUCAAGUACAAAUUAACAAUGGUUCCUCUAUACUGGUUGACAACUCGGUCCAUACUCACGACAUCAUCUCCUACAAUAGUCUCACAUCAAAAUUGCAUCUUCAACUUACGCAUCAGUCAUUUCAAAGAGUGCCUGCUCUACAACCAAAUGACUACGUAAAGAUCACCAAAAUGGCUCCUACUAAAAGGGGCCACGGCUCUAAACAACAAGUCACCUAUAGUAGAUCUAUAGUGGUAGAUUUGACCAAGCUCAGGGAAGCAGAGCUUGUGAAAGUAAAGCACAUAGUAGAUAAGAUUUUCCACUCUGUGCAAAUCUGCAUAUCGACCAAUGACUUGUCUACUGAAAUUACAAGGAAGCUAGUGCUGGAUUAUGGUUUAUUACUGGAGGUAAUCGAGCUGCAAUGCAAGCAGUUGAAUGUCCCGCAUGAUGUGCUUUCCUUAUGUGCUUCAGCUCUUGAGAGCGAGGGCGGUAGUCCGCUGGAAAUAUAUGAGUAUUUGGGCCUAGUGCUCCUAAACUCUGUGCAAAUAACUACCACUGUAGAGGAUUACAUAAGUUCAUAUGAAAUACCAUUUCCUCAGGACGAAUGUGGGCCAACACAAAUGUACAAAUCAUUCCUAGUUGGCAGUGACUUCCAUUCCAUGUCACUAGCAAAAUUACAGAACUGGGACGCUUUAAGCUUACACACUGAGAGCACUCACAUCUUGAUCUUGAAGAGAAAUGAUACAGCAUUUGUAUGGAAAUGCACAUAG